AUGAGCUCACCAGGUGUGACGGUAGAGCAUCUCGCCGCCGGUGCAAAUAGACAGACGGCGGUUGCGGACUGGAGCCGGACAGGGCUGCUGGCUUAUGGAACGGACUGCAAUGUCGCUCUGUGGCGUCCAGCUGCAAACCCCCCUAGAGGCGUAUACAAGCUCCUUAACGGACACAAAGAGACCGUCAAGGCCGUGUCAUUCUUGCCAGAGCUUGAAAAAGACUCCUCGACAUACUUCAUAAGCGGCUCAGAUGACAAGACCAUAGCCGUCUGGAAGUCUAGCGACGAUAAGCAAGACUUCAAUCUACUUCAGACCGCAUCCCAACACACCGGACCCGUGAACUGCGUUGCCGCCCUGCGAGUUGCUGCUGACCAUCCCAAAUGGAUCGUGGCAACGGGAGCUGCCGAUGCAACCAUCAGGAUCUGGAGUUUCGAAAAUGACCAGCUGCGUUUGCUUCAGACCAUCAAUACAGCGCCGAGAUACUUCCCUCUGUCACUCUCACUCAGCACUCUCGGUGCCGAUAAUGACGCUUAUAUCCUCGCCUCGGCCGGCACAAGGGAUGUCGUUCAGAUUCUUACUGCCGAGGCGAGAUCGGAAACCCUUCGGUUCAACCUCCAGGCGACGCUCAGCGGUCAUGAAGGAUGGCUGAGAUCCCUCAGCUUCGCCAGGGAAACCAACAGCCCAGACAGCGAUCUGCUCCUGGCGUCCGCCAGCCAGGAUAAGUACAUCAGGAUCUGGAGGGUUCACCAGGGCAAAGAACUUCCCGCCCUAGCUGCUGAAGGCUCUGACCCCUCCAGCGGUGCCUUCAUGCCGGGCAAAUCCCCUUCCAACAAGGCACACUGGCUCAAGGCUUCUGGGAAGGACUUUUCUGUAACCUUUGAGGCCCUGCUGCUGGGCCACGAGGACUGGAUCUACAGCGCAAAGUGGCACUCGCAGGCCGAUGGCAAGCUGCAGCUGCUCUCUGCUUCUGCAGACAACUCGUUGGCUAUCUGGGAAGCCGAUCCCAGCUCCGGGAUCUGGGUCAGCAUGGUGAGGCUCGGCGAGAUCAGCAGAGAGAAAGGCGCAACAACGGCAACGGGAAGCACCGGCGGCUUCUGGACCGGCCUCUGGUCUCCUGACGGGAGGUCGGUGGCCUGCCUCGGCCGCACCGGCAGUUGGAGACGGUGGGAGUACGACGUCUCAGAAGAUAUCUGGAGACCUUGCGUUGCCAUCUCCGGCCACACAAAAGCCGUCACCGGCAUCUCCUGGUCCAAAGACGGCAGCUUCCUGCUCUCUACGAGCUCAGACCAGACAACUCGGCUUCACAUGAAGUGGAAGAGCUCCGGCACAUGGCACGAAAUGUCCCGCCCUCAGAUCCACGGCUACGACCUCAACUGCAUCGACUCACUCGGCUCCUCCCAGUUUGUGUCUGGCGCCGACGAGAAGCUCAUGAGAGUCUUUAGCGAGCCCAAAGCUGUAGCCGCCAUGCUCAGUCGCCUGGGCGGCAUCGAGGGGGCCAACCUUGCCGACAUGCCCGACGCCGCCAACAUGCCGGUCCUCGGCCUCUCGAACAAGGCCAUCGACGCCCUGGACGACGACCAGGAGAUCCAGCCCAUCGAUGACCGCGAUCGAGACGCCAUGGACCCUGCUUCCAUUGUCAAGAAGUCAUACUUGGACAUUGACCACCCGCCGUUUGAGGAAACCCUAUCCCGACACACCCUCUGGCCCGAAACGGAGAAGCUCUACGGACACGGCUACGAAAUCUCCUGCCUCGCUACUAGCCACGACGGCAAGCUCAUCGCCAGCGCCUGCAAGGCCAGCUCCCUCAACCACGCCGUCAUCCGCAUCUUCGAGACGGACAAAUGGACCGAGCUCAGGCCUCCACUGGCAGCGCACACUCUGACGGCAACCCGCCUGCGCUUCUCCUCGGACGACAGGUAUCUGCUGAGCGUCGGCCGCGAUCGCCAGUGGGCCGUUUUCGAGCGAGGCCUCGACGAGGACGGUGCCGUUCGAUAUCAGCUGCUGCAGUCCAACGCCAAGGGCCAUUCCAGGAUGAUCCUCGACGCCGCCUGGGCUCCGUCUCCGGUGCCCCUCUUCGCUACGGCAGGUCGAGACAAGCAAGUCAGGAUCUGGUCCCUUUCCAAGAAAGACGGCGAGGACGCAGCAAAGACCCAGUUUGUGCAGGUAUCCGCCCUGGCUUCUGAUGGCCCAGUCACGUCGGUAGACUUCCUGGGCCAGCCCGUGGGCGACAGGUACAUUCUCGCAGUUGGCACCGAGAGCGGCCGAUUGAACGUGUGUGCUGUGUCCCAAGAUGGGUCAUCCGUGUCGGAGCUGCCGACGCACCCUGAGUAA